ACUAGAGAAUCCGGUGCUAUCUGCUUAGCUUUUAAAAGUUCUAUGGGUCUUCAAAAACAGAGUAAUGCUCUCACCUGGAGAAGCUCCACCCCACGCUGUCAAAUCCACACGUUGAAGCCUCUCAAUCCUUCACCGUUUCAUGCUUUGAAAUCACAUCUGAGUGCUUCCGUGUGUAUUUGCCCCCAUAGCAGUAUAUUUCAGAGCUUCAAGCCAAGAAUGUCAGCUUGUCAUGGAGCUGCCUCUGCGAGGAGCUCAAGUGAGAUGCCCGAGGAGGAAACAGUCAGAAUCUCUCUAGAUCUUGUGGCUGCUGCUAGGAGGAAUCUAGAGUUCCUCAAUUUCAUAGCAGAUUCUCUCUGCCUCCAUCAAACUCCUGCCCUCCUUGAAUCCAUUAGAAGAUAUGAUCAGCUAUGGAUGCCCUUGAUAUGUGAUGUCACGAACGGGUCGGAGCCUCCCAUGAUUCUUCCUCCACCUGAUAUAGAAUGGGUUUGGUUUUGUCACUCCUUAAACCAUGUCAGCUAUAGGCAGUAUUGCAAGUCAAGAUUCUCAAAAAUCAUUGGCAAGGCGGCCAUAUUUGAUGAAGAGAAUGAAGAAUAUGCAGUGAAUAGAUGCAGAGAAAUCUGGGUUUGUAGGUACCCAAACGAGCCUUUUGAGAAUGAAUGUGAGUCGAGCACGGGGAAUCCAAUGUCCGCAGUUCAGGAAGAUCUUUUGGAGGCAGUAUCCAAGCAGAGGUUUUGGUAUGCUAAAUUUAGGGAGCCUUAUUACUCAGAGAUUGUUCAUCUGAUAGCAGCUGGGCAUCGGUAUAAAGGGUUUUUGUAUAUGGUGCAUAGAUUUGCAGAUAACUUCUCCAGAUUAGUGCCAACUUCAGACAUUCUCUUAAUGUGGUUGAUCCAUAAGAGCUAUCCAACAGUGUAUGCAUAUGAUACCAGGGAGUUGGUAGACGAGCUUAGUAAAGUAGUGGGCACAUGGGAAGCCGUGAAUGAAGUAGAGAUUGAAGAAACCAAGAAGCUUUGGGAGAGAAUAUUUGAACAACCAUAUGAGAGAGCUGGUGGUGAGAUAGCCAUUGGCAACAAUGUUAAUAAGGUCAACCCACUUCUGCAAUGGGAAGUUCUUGUCAGUGAUGUCAACGCCAAAUAUAAGUCCUUGCUACCCAGAUUCUUACUAGAGCUCUGUAUAAUGGUGAAACUGAGUACUAAAACACCGCAAUGCAGCAUGUUGAAAGAGUUUCUACGAGUUGGAUGUGUGAGAUCCCACAAAGAGCUGAAAUUGGAUACACCCUUAUCCAACUUCAGCUCCCAAACAUGGCAGAAAGCCUUUCAUCUCUACUGUGAGUUUGGAACCAAAGGGACGAGGCUUGAGCUUCGUAAACAAUCCUUCAUUAAGAGGGGGAGUAGCCUGACAGAAGAGGCUGCAACAUUUCUUUGGAAUGAUUUGUUGCGUUCGCGCACUCUUUCUCUGGUAAAAGAGUUUGACAAGAAAGUAAGGGUAGUUGCUUCAAUCACUCCACCUGUUCAGGCACCAUACUUGUUGAAGUGUGUCCCGGAUCGAGUAACAGAUGAUUCAGGGGCAAUGAUAUCAGAUGUUAUUUUAAGGAUGAACCAUUAUCGUCCCCAAGAAGGCAGAUGGUUGUCCCGCACUGUUUUAGAUCAUGCGGGCAGGGAGUGUUUCGUCAUUCGAAUAAGGAUCGGGGGAGGGUUCUGGAGGAGAGGAGCUGAAAGGCCUUCAGCUGUGAAAUGGGAGGAGAGGAUUAUAGAAGUACGCGAAGGCUGCUGGUCAUAUGUCGCGGAUUCCAUUGGCAAAGCUCCUGUGAAAAUUUUGGGGAUGGCGACCCCAAAAGAGGCGCCUGAAGGAUGUCAUGCAUUAUGGAACUUCUCCACAGGGGAUGAGCUGUCAGUACAACACGGAUUGCCAAAUAACAAUUCGGGAUUCACUUUUUGUCUCACAAACCAGCAGUCUCAAUAUUCAAAGAUAAAGUUGGUUGAAGGGCGGAAGAUGGGGUAUGAGACUUUCACAGGAAGGGCAAAUGACCUAGUUUGUGAUGAAGAAGAAGAUGAAAGUGGGUUUUUGACAGUAGUUAGGUUCUCCGAGGAUGACCCAACAGGGAAGGCCACCGCGCUUCUGCACUGGAGGCUACUGACACUAGAGUUUUCACCCGAAGAAGAUGCCGUGUUCCUACUUCUUUUGUGCAUGUCUAUAGCCAAAAGUGUAUCAAAGAUAAAAAAGGAAGACGCUGCGAGGCUUUUGGUGAGAAGAAGAAUAAAAGAAGCCAAGUUUGGGAACAAAGACUGGGGCUCGGUCGUCAUCCACCCUUCGUAUUUGCUCUCAUCUCAUGCUGGUAUGCCUCAUGUUUGGCCUUGGCAGUGGCAUGCCAAGGCCGUGACGGGUCCACAAGAAAUAGAUUACGUUUCAGGGCUUUCUGGUCAGGCGACAUUGGCACAUUCUCAAGUUGAAGGAAGCGAUGACUUGUACAAGCAUGGGAUAAUGAAUUGAAUUGACAUAUAACAUACGGCGUUUGAGAGGUAAGAUGACAAAGUUUUACGAUUUCCGUUGACACAUUGCAAAGGGAAGUGUAAUGAAACUUCUCAACUUGAGGGGAAGAUAUUAACCAGUAACCAUAUAUCGGUCGAGAUCGAAUUAUGUAGGUAAAUUGUACGAAGUUGUAUUUUUACCUAUGCAUUUAUGUGUAGGUAAAAUGUUGUGAUAUAAUCUCAUAGUUGAAAAAUUCUUGUAUAAAAACGAAAAAGGAAAUUAUGAUGUAUAUUUGUGCAAAGUGGUAUGAUUUGUAAACUUAUUUUGAGUAAGAAAAAAAUGAAAUUGCAAGAUUGUAAAUUGGACUGUCUAAUGAAUGAUUGGACCUUAU